AGGUACGCAAAAGAACCACUUGUCAACACAUUUCAAGCUGUUAGCCCAUAACAAUGGCACCGAAAUACAAGCUUACCUACUUCCCAAUCAUGGGUCUCGCAGAACCGAUUCGUUUCUUGCUGGCGUAUGGCAACCAGGAGUUCGAAGACUACCGUUUCCAGAGAGAACAGUGGCCAUCCAUGAAGCCAUCAAUGCCAUUUGGACAAGUGCCAUUACUUGAAAUUGAUGGGAAGCAGAUCAACCAAUCUGUUGCUAUAUGUCGCUACUUGGGAAAGUAGUUUGGUUUGAAUGGAAGUAAUGCCUGGGAAGAUCUUGAGAUUGAUGCAAUUGUCGACACCAUCACAGAUUUCCGCCAGCAAUUAUCAAAAUAUGCUUAUGAAAAGGAUGAGCAACUAAAAGAGAAGAUUAAAGAUCAAGUGUUAGGAACUACAUUACCAUACUAUAUGGAUAAGUUUGAGGAACAUGUGAAGAGAAACAAUGGAUUUCUUGCUGCUGGGAAGAUGACUUGGGCUGACCUGUACUUCAUUGGAAUUCACUAUUACCUGAACUACUUAGCUGGCCACAACUUACUUGACAAGUACCCCUCGCUGAAGGCCUUGAGGGUGAAAGUGGAGAAUGUCCGUCAAAUCAAGGCGUGGGUGGAGAAGCGUCCAAAAACUGAUUGUUAAAUGUGAUUAGUUUCCUUUCAUAGACUCAAUACACUCUGAAUAUAAGUAAUAUAGACCAAUUCUUGUCUUCUACACGUAACUGGCUUAGAUUUAUUCCAACAGCACCUUCAAGUUCAGCUAUUUUUAAACAAAACCAUGUGGGUUUGUGUACUGAUGCUAACCAAUAAACAAAAUUUUUGUUGAAAUUAUUAAA